AAAUUAGGAGUCUAAUUAUAUUUUAGGCUCAUAAAAAAAAACUUAUUUAGCCAUGGAUCUGAAAGCGUUAAUACAGUAAAUGCAAAAUUGCAUAAAGGUUUUAUUUUCCAGCUUUGGACUUUUCUUAAGUAAAAAAUUUGAAUACAGUUAAACUUCAUAUUGCAUAAAGCAACUCAAACUAAAAAAAAAAACAACAACUGUAUGCACAUGUAUGUUUGUAUGUAAGCAAAUUCUUGCAGCCAGCUGGAAAAUAUCCACUUAAUACAGUGCCGUGAAGCGCAUCCAAAUCAACGGUUAAUCGCAUGUCUUGUCACAAUUAGUGGCACUCAUCAAAAGGCGAACAGCAGCACAUGUCAAGAGCACCGUUGUGAUUACAAAAAAAAAAAUAGAAUAACAAUAAAAACAACCUGAACCUGAAACUUCUAAUUAAGUCACAACAGCAACGGCAACGGCAACAAAAAGAAAAUCAAAAACCAAACAAGUAAAAUUCCAACAAUACUAUAAAAAAAGAGAGUACCAAGCAGAGCUACUACAAAAACAAAAAGAACAAAAACAAUACACAACAACAACCCACCACUCACAUUUAGUGCAUUUAAACGUAACUAAACACUUCUAAUUGCAUAAUCAUUAAUAAAUAUCUUUCCGUGCCGCUGCAUACGUGUAUCUGUGUGUUGGUGCAGCAGUUUCGCAUGGGCACGUUGCACAUAGCAAAAUGCUAAAAAUGUUCCACUUACGUCAGUUGCAAUUUAUUCUAAUAAUAAUUUCCUGCAUACUGUUGAACGUCACAACAGCAACAGCAACCAUAUCAAAGCCAGCAACAGCAGCGGCGACAAUAGCAGUAAAAAAGGCAAAACCAACUACAUUCAAUGAUGUUGCAACAGCGAGUGCGCCCACUGUCAUCUCAUCGAUCGUAAUUCCCGGAAAAUAUCAUGCCUACACCCAGCACUUGCAGCAGCCAGCAAAAAAAGUUCAUGUGUCAGCAUCGGCAGCUCAUCAGAAGCAACAGCACGAACAACACGAACAAAAGCAGCAGCGACAACAACGUGUGGACGUUGUCAAACCUGUCAUACUUCCCAGCAGCAAACUCAAUCCCAUCAGAAAUUGGUUUGGCAUCUUUAAUCGCAACAACGCACAGGCGUCAGCGGCGAUAGCGCACGACACAACGACGACAACGUGCAAUUGCAGAUGCGGUGAGCGCAAUGAUGAGUCCCGCAUUGUUGGCGGUCAGACGGCUGGCGUUAGCGAAUACCCUUGGAUGGCGCGUCUCAGCUACUUCAAUCGUUUCUACUGUGGUGGCACACUGAUCAACGAUCGUUAUGUACUCACCGCUGCGCAUUGCGUCAAAGGUUUCAUGUGGUUUAUGAUAAAAGUGACAUUUGGCGAGCACGACCGUUGCAAUGACAAGGAGCGUCCCGAAACCCGUUUCGUGUUACGCGCAUUCAGUCAAAAAUUCAGCUUCUCCAAUUUCGAUAACGACAUCGCUUUGCUGCGCCUCAACGAUCGCGUGCCCAUUACAAGCUUCAUCCGGCCAAUUUGUUUACCACGUGCCUUUGAGCGCCACGAUCUAUUCAUCGGUACCAAAGGUAUAGCUACCGGUUGGGGCACGCUGAAGGAGGAUGGCAAACCAUCGUGUCUGCUGCAAGAGGUAGAAGUGCCCGUGUUGGAUAAUGAACAUUGUGUAGCACAAACCAACUACACACAAAAGAUGAUCACCAAGAAUAUGAUGUGCGCCGGCUAUCCGGGCGUGGGUGUACGCGACUCUUGCCAAGGCGAUUCAGGUGGGCCGUUAGUACGCAUGCGGCCAGAUGAUAAACGUUUCGAACAGAUCGGCAUUGUGUCGUGGGGCAAUGGUUGCGCCAGACCCAACUAUCCGGGUGUGUACACGCGCGUAACAAAAUAUUUGGAUUGGAUAAUGGAGAAUUCGAAAGACGGGUGCUUCUGCGAUGAGAACGAUUGAGGUGUAUGGCGUGAACCAUUUGCAUUUUAACGGAUUUAUUUCUUUGUUAAAGUAGGGGGUUUCGAAGUACGUAAACAUAAUUGUGUAAGUUUUGCUGGUUUGUUCAAACCAAAUGAGGGCGCGUUUAUAUUUUAGUGGCUUAUUUGGUAAUUAAAUAAUUAAAAAAAUUUUGUAUUUUUUAUAUGAAAUGUGCAGGAUUAAAUUAAAUAAAUGA